AUGGGGUCAGAGGUGGAGCAAUUAUUCUUCACUAAGUGCAGUGGCUGUCUGAAGAAAAUUGCUCCUUCUGAGUUUGUCAUGCGAGCAAUGCAAAGUGUUUACCACCUCAGCUGCUUCUGCUGCAGUGUUUGUGAGCGCCGGCUGAGCAAAGGAGAUGAGUUUGUGGUGAAGGCUGGUCAUCUGCUGUGUAAGGCAGACUAUGAGAGGGAAAGAGACCUGUUCGGCACAGUGAGCCCAGACAACUCAGACUUAGAAAGGAGUGAUGAUGAGAUUUUGGAUGUAAAGUCAGAAAAAUUCCUUCCAGCAGAGAAAAGAAGCAAUGACAGCAAAGAUACUCACCGGCCUAAACGGCCGCGCACCAUCCUCACCACGCAGCAGAGACGGGCCUUUAAGGCUUCAUUUGAUGUCUCCUCAAAGCCCUGCAGAAAGGUCAGAGAAACCCUGGCUGCAGAGACUGGGCUCAGUGUUCGUGUAGUCCAGGUCUGGUUCCAGAACCAAAGGGCAAAGAUGAAGAAGUUAGCCCGCAGACAGCAACAACAGCAAGAACAUCACAACAGUCAUCGACCGGGACUGGAGGUAAUACCCAACUGUAUGGAUGGCCGACUCAGCGCCUUCUCGGGUUCUCUGCCUUUAAGCCAGCCUCAGCUGGUGAACAUGGAGCAUUGUGGGUACAACAUAGACUGCUUCCAGCAGGGCCUCACUCCACCUCAAAUGCCUGGAGAUCACAUGAAUCCCUAUGGUUAGAAUCAUGUAGAGCUAUCUCAUUUCUGUUGUAAAGAAGUUUUUAAGUUUUUAUUUUGGUUUGUAGGCCGCCUUGCUCACACAGACGUUUUAGACUCUGCCCACAAAUGUUCUAUGGCACUAAGAUCAAGACUUUGUGAUGGCUACUCUAACACAUUGUUUUUCUUAGCCAGUUUGGAACAAAUUUUCUUUAUAUGCUUGUGCAUUUGAAAGACUCAUUUGUGCCCUAGUUUAAAUGUCCUCUCUGAUAUCUUGAGAUGUUGCUUCAAUAUUUUCAUGUAAUAUUCUUUCCUCAUAAAGCCAUCUGAAGUUCACCAAUUUCUCCUGCAAUAAAACAUUUCCACAACAUGAUGGUGGUACCACCAUGUUGGUGUUUCUUCUAUGUAACAAUUGUCAGUGAGGCCAAACUCUUUUAUUUAGGUCUCCACAGGGCCCCUUUUCAGAAAGCUGGGUUAGUGGAUAUCCAGAGUAACGUCUGGGGUAAUACCCUGGCUUUUCCGUUUCAGAAAACUCCGAAGCCAAAUUAAUAGAGUUGUUUGAGCUAACCCUGGGUUUUCCCUACUUUUUAGAUGAGAUUUGCAAAAGGGAGUGUCAGAAAAGGCGUGUCUUUUUCUCCACAGAAUCUCUGUCGGGAGAGGCAGAUCAGACCAUGAUUAAAUGUCUUAUCAUUUCUGAAUUUAAAUAUAUUUUCAAGCAUUACCAUUUUUCGCCACUGUCAUUGCGUUGUCUGGAAUGUUACUAUAGCACUCAAUUUUAGUAGAGUUUAAAGGUGUCCCAUAGCCAGAGACUGUGGAGAAUGAAAGCAAUAAUUUAUUCUGUAUCAGAUUUUGAGACUUCCAACUCUAAUUUCCUAUUCAGAUAUUUUAGUUUCCAUUCAUAGAACUACUCAGGGUAGCGACUUUCUACUCAGAAUAGCUCGGCCAUCCUAUCUGUAAUUAUUUAGAUCAGAUGAACAUGGAAUCUUGAGAUAUUUGGAUAUUGUAACCAAGAUGGAAUCACACUUGUGUAGAUCCACAAUUCUUUUCCUGAUGUCAUAGCUGAUUUGCUUAGAUUUUUCAUGAUGUCACAAUAGAAAGCAGUGUGUGAGAAGUGUUGUCUUAAAAUACACCCAGACGUAUAGUGCUACUUUAAUUCAAUAUUGUGAAGUGUAAUAUUCAACACAUACAAAGCCACAGAAUCAUCUACUUGGCUUUGCCAAUGUUAAAGGCACACUAGUCCUAUUAUAUAAACAUCCAAUUUUCAAAAAAGUUAUUAAAAUUCUCAAUAUGAUAUCUCUGAUUAUUCUGGCAUUUAGAAAAAUAAAUAUUCUUUUUAUGCCUACUAAUCUGAGACAGGAAAAGUAAGAUUUAAUGUCACUGAUUUAAAGCCUACGUGUAUUUUUGUACAGUGUAUUAAAAUGUGUUGUUUCAACUGUACAUGAUGUAUGUUGAAAAACUUGAUAUUGCUAGAAGUUAUAAAUUGAACCACACCCCUAAACUGCCAUGUUGGUAGGCAAGCGCAGUGUUAGGCAAUCACGACCAUCCUGGCUCCCAGACAAUUGUGUUGAUACUCUUGACCAAAGUGCAAGAGAACAAUUUGUCCACAAAAUUGCUGCAGCUGGGAUCGACCCUUAUGAGGAAGAGAAUGAAAAAAUUUCAGACAACGUGGACAAACUGCCUCCAAUACCUUAUUAAUGACAUAGUUAAUUACUUAAUGAACAAAAAGAGUGCCUACACAAUGGAGGAGCUUCGCAGCCUGAAAUUCUUUAAUGCAUAUUAUUGGUCUUUUAACUGCUUUCUGAAGGACGUCCAAGCUCUUUAUGUGAAUAAAAAGUUCUGGUGACUGGCAGAGUAAGUAAUGACAAAAACAUUCACCUUCUUCCUUGCUGAGAUUAGCUUUCCCAAACUAAUUUGGCUAGUGAUACAGUAAAUAUCACUGAUAUUUCUCUCAGUACAGUGUACUCAUUGUGUGUGUGUGUGUGUGUGUGUGUG